GAAAAAAGCAGCUUCACCAGAACUUACCUGUCUGUCUAUGAAGACUGAUGACUCUGCUCCAUCACAAAAUGAAGGGCAGCAAAACACUGAAUCUGCCCAGCUGACAUAUACACAGUUGGAGGAGACUGAAGACCUGCAGCAGGAUUCUCAUCAACCAGUAGUUGAUGUUCUUCAGAGAGUCAAAGACCAACACAAAACCAGCAUGAAGAACAAGUAUGAGAGCUUAUUUGAGGGAUUCAAACUACAAGAGAAUCAAACGCUCCUGAACAGGAUUUACACACAGCUCUACAUCAUAGAGAGAGAGAGUGAAGGGGUGAAUGAAGAACAUGAGGUUUUACACAUGGAGAAAACAGCCAGAACUCAACACUUACAAGACACUCCAAUCUACUGCAAUUACAUCUUUAAACCCUUACCUGAACCAGGAUUUGAGGAGAAGAGAAAAGUCAAAAUAAAGACUGUUCUUACCAAAGGCAUCGCUGGAAUUGGAAAAACAGUCUCUGUGCAGAAGUUCAUUCUGGACUGGGCAGAGGGAAAAGCUAAUCAGGAUGUAGAUUUCAUGUUUGUGCUUCCAUUUCGAGAGCUGAACUUAAUUAAAGAUGAGCAGUACAGUCUUCUCAAACUUCUGCUGGACUUUAAUCCUGAACUUCAUGAUCUGGACUCAAAGAUUUACAAUGAGUGUAAAGUUGUGUUUAUCUUUGACGGUCUGGAUGAAAGCAGAAUUCCACUGAUGUUUUCAGAUAGUGAGAAAGUUUCUGAUGUGACUGAGACUUCAACAGUGGGUGUGUUGAUGUCAAACCUCAUCAAAGGAGAUCUCCUUCCCUCUGCUUUCAUCUGGAUCACCUCCAGACCAGCAGGAGCCAAUCAGAUCCCCUCCAAAUACUUCAAGCGUGUGACAGAAAUUCAGGGAUUCAAUGACCCUCAGAAGGAGGAAUAUUUCAGGAAGAGAAUCAGUGAUGAGCAUCAAGCCAGCAGAAUCAUCUCACACAUUAGAAGAGCAAGAAGCCUCCACAUCAUGUGCCACAUACCAGUCUUCUGUUGGAUCUCAUCCACUGUGCUUCAAAACAUCCUGAAACAAGAUGACAGUGCAGAAAUCCCUCAAACUCUGACUGAAAUGUACAUCCACUUCCUGCUCAUUCAGAUCAAUGUGAGGAAUCAGAAGUAUGAAGAGAGAGAUACAGAGAAACUCCUGCAGUCCAACAGAGAAGUGAUUGUGAAAUUUGCUGAACUGGCUUUCAAACAGCUGAUGAAGGGCAAUGUCAUGUUCUAUGAGGAGGAGCUGAGAGAGAGCAGCAUAGAUGUCACUGAUGCCUCAGUGUAUUCUGGGAUCUGCACUGAGAUCUUUAAGGCAGAAUCUGUGAUUCAUCAGAGGAAAGUCUACUGCUUCAUACAUCUCAGCUUUCAGGAGUUUCUGGCGGCUUUCUAUGUUUUUUAUCAUUAUGUUGUCAAAAAUGUUGACACAUUGCAGUUUGUGGAUCAAGUGCAUGGUCUUCAUAGGGACGUAGUAGAUAAAGCCCUUCAGAGUGAAAAUGGACACCUGGAUCUUUUGCUGCGAUUCCUGCUUGGUAUCUCACUGGAAUCCAAUCAGAGACUCUUACAGGAUCUAUUGACACACAUAGAGAACAGCUCAGAGAGCAUCAAGAAAACCUCACAGUACAUCAAAGACAAAAUCAGAAGUGGACUUGGACUUUCAGCUGAAAGAUCCAUCAAUCUGUUCCUCUGUCUGCUGGAGAUGAAAGAUCAGACUCUGUGCAGAGAGAUUCAGGAGUUUCUGAAAUCCGACAAACACUCAGAGAAUAAACUCUCUCCUGCUCAUUGUUCAGCAAUCGCAUACAUGCUUCAGAUGUCAGAGGAGGUGCUGGAUGAGCUGGAUCUGAAGAAAUACAACACAUCAGAGGAGGGUAGAAGAAGACUGAUACCAGCUGUGACGAACUGCAGAAAAGCUCUUGUUACGGAUUGUAAUCUCACUGGUCAGCACUGUGAAAUUGUGGCUGCAGCGCUACAAUCAUUAAACUCCCCUCUGAAAGAGCUAGACCUGAGUAACAAUGACCUACAGGAUUCAGGAGUGAAGCUGAUCUCUGAUGGACUCAAGUGUACAAACUGUACACUGGAUAUACUGAGAUUAUCAGGCUGUAUGGUGACAGAGGUCGGCUGUUGUUAUAUGGCUUCAGCUCUGAGAUCAAACCCUUCACACCUGAUAGAGCUGGAUCUGAGCUACAAUCACUCAGGAGAAUCUGGAGUCAAACUGCUCACUGAGAGACUCAAUGACACAAACUGCAAAUUGAACAAACUCAAUGUGGACCACAAUGAACUCAUCAGAAUCGCACCAGGACUACAAAAAUAUGCCUGUGAUCUCACACUGGAUCCAAACACAGCACACCCUAGCCUCUUACUGUCUGAGGAGAACAGAAAAGUAACAUGGGGCAAAGAAAAGCAGUUGUAUCCUGAUCAUCCAGACAGAUUUGAGUACUAUGAGCAGAUUCUGUGUAGAGAGAUUCUGACUGGACGCUGUUACUGGGAGGCUGAACUGACUGGUGGGACUCAUGUUGCAGUGACAUAUAAAGGAAAUAACAGAAAACAAGGGUUUGAUUGUCGGUUUGGACUCAACAAAAAGUCCUGGUGUCUCUUCUGGUUUGACAAUGGUAAAAUUUGUAAUGUCUGGCACAAUAAUAAUAACAUUGCCAUUCCAGCUCCAUCAUCUCCCUUUAACAGAGUCGGAGUGUAUCUGGACUGGUCGGCUGGCACUUUGUCCUUCUACAGCGUCACUGACACACACACACUCACACACUUAUACACAUUCAACACCACAUUCACUGAACCCCUCUAUGCUGGAUUUAGAGUUUAUCCUGAUAACUCAGUGUCUCUGUGUCAGGUGAGGAAUAACUGAAUUUGAUUCACUAGACUCAAAAUCAUGAAAAAUAUCUAACACAGACACAUUCAUGUAAACUCUUUUAAAUGGAUAACUGACUUAAAAGAUUUUAUAAGUGAUAAAUGCUAUACCAUUAAAAAAGUGUGCUUCAGAAAUUGUUAAUGUAGCUGUUUCCCAGCCAUUAUUUAAAAUGAACUUUCAUGCCAUUGUGCAACUGCAUCACAUGCAGACUUAAAACAUUCCAAACAAUGAACAUGGAAAAAUCUUAGGUAGUGAUAGAUCUACUGAUUCAUAGGACUUGAAUUGCUUAACUUAAAUAGUUUCAGUGUUGUUAUUAUUAAUUUGUUCUAGAUAAAUAUAUGAUGUGAAUUUAGAUAUUUACACAGAUAUUAAUUUACGCUGUAUGUGAAUAUAUAAUGAAUAUGACUGUAUAAUGUUUUAAUGUUUAUAGUAUAUUUUUCAAUAUUCUAGUAUGUUUUUAUAUAUCAAAAUACUUAUAUGAGUUUCCAGGCCUUUGUGUGACCCAGGAGAGAGCAUGUGAGGUUACUAAAAGUGUUGAUGCUGCAGAGAACACAAAGAAUGGCAUAUAACCUUGAAAAACAGGUGUAUGAGCUAACAAAAACAAAAUAUGUAUUUCUUCAAAGACAAAAUGUGUUUCUGUUGGUCAGCAGUGUUCUGGCAUGUAACCUUGACGAUAUCACUUAUCUCUUAUACUUUUAAACAUUUAUUAUAUGAAUGGUGUAUUGUAAACUGAAUGUAUGUUAUCUUUGCAGCUGGGGUUUUUCUGCCAUGAUGUUUUGUCUUGAUGAGCUAAAAAUCUGUGGAGCUUGCAUUUUCUUUCAUUAAUCAAAUGAUAAUGUGAAGUUAC